UGGCGGUCGGGGCCGUCACUCACAUAGGCCCCGCCUCUUUCCCCAGACCAGGCUCGGUUGAGUCGURGGAUUGAGGAGGGUCGCGGCCGCGAUGGUCUGACAGAUGAAAUAACCAAAAAAGAAAGAGAAGGCGGGCGUUCUCCCACACAAAACAAUGUUCCCUAAAGGCAAAGGCACCCCGGUGCCGUCGGACAGCCAAGCACGAGAAAAGUUGGCUCUAUACGUAUAUGAGUAUUUGUUACACAUAGGUGCACAGAAGUCUGCUCAGACCUUUUUAUCAGAGAUCCGAUGGGAGAAAAACAUAACACUCGGAGAACCCCCUGGAUUCCUACAUUCCUGGUGGUGUGUUUUCUGGGACUUGUAUUGUGCCGCACCAGAGAGGAGAGAGACAUGUGACCACUCCAGUGAAGCGAAAGCCUUCCAUGAUUAUAGUGCAGCAGCAGCCCCCAGCCCUGUGAUGGGAGGGAUGCCUCCUGGUGAGGGAAUGCCAGGAGGACCAAUGCCACCUGCAUUUUUCCAAGGUCCUCCUGGUCCCCAGGGCUCUCCUCACCCUCAGCCUCCUCCCCCUAACAGUAUGAUGGGACCUCACAGUCAGCCCUUCAUGUCGCCUCGCUUUGCUGGAGGCCCAAGAGGUCCCCCCAUGAGGAUGGCCAACCAGCCACCAGGCGGAGGACCAGGUCCUCAUCCUAUGCUGCCCAACAUGGACCCGACACGACCACAAGGCCAUCCUAACCUUGGUCCAAUGCAGAGAAUGAGUGGCCCUAGAGGCAUGGGGCCCAUGGGGCCUGGCCCUCAGAACUUUGGUGGUGGCAUGAGGCCUCCACACAACACUAUGGGUCCUGGUAUGCCAGGAGUGAACAUGGGCCCAGGGACAGGUCGACAAUGGCCCAAUCCCAACAAUGCCAACCCUAUGCCUUACUCAUCACCCUCUCCGGGUGCAUACGGGGGGGCAUCUGGGGGAGGCGGUCCUCCAGGAACUCCCAUCAUGCCCAGCCCUGCAGACUCAAACAACUCUGGUGACAACUUGUACACAAUGAUCAACACUGGACCUGGCAACCGAAAUAAUUUCUCUAUGGGCCCUGGCUCUGAUGGGCCUCUGGGGGCCAUGGCUGGGAUGGAACCACACCACAUGAAUGGAUCACUAGGCUCUGGUGAUAUGGACGGAAUGAACAAGAACUCUCCAAACAAUUUAAGUGGCAUUAGCAAUCCUCCUGGGACCCCAAGGGAUGACGGGGAGCUGAGUGGAAACUUCCUCCACUCCUUCCAGAGUGAGAACUACUCUCCAACCAUGACGAUGAGCGUGUGACGACCCCCUCCUGCCCCACCAUCCUUCCUGUCCUCCACCCCUUCCCAGCAUUAUUUGCCAUCAUUCCAAGGAUCUGAACUCGCAGCAGAACUCGUGUUCGCCAAACACAUCAGCGCCAAAUCAGGGACAGGCGCCAAUCUGGUUCCACACUAACGCCAGAAUGCUGAUUGGGGAGAAAUUAAAACGACUGGCAACUACUGCUUCUUACGCAACACGAAGGACAAUUUCUCCCAUUUAUUACCACCACACGCGACAAAACCAGCUACUGAAAUGCAUUUAUUACAUGUUUUGUUUUUUGCAGACUCCCCUGUCCCCCCGAAUCCCCCCUGAGUCCCAUCAACCUCCUGAGCGAACAGGGAAAAAAAAGGUUGACGUUUACCUCUUGUACAUUUUAAUGAUUGCUUUGUGGUGCAAGAUGUGCAGGAAAAAUAUCCACUUUUGUCAUUUAAACACUGGAGGGUGUGCAUAUGCAUUGUGAGCUUGGAAAGUCUUUGUCUUGUCAUUUUUACUUUGUUGCCAUGUAUUCUGUUUAAAAUGUCGGUCGACGUUGGACUCAGAAUUUGCCUUUUAAAACUCAAUGAUAUACCAUUCUUCCCAAACCCAUCCUUCUGUUCAAAGAGAUUUUUUUUUUUUUUUCUUUUUUGUGGAGAACAUGUUUAAGAAAUACGGCUUUUAUUGUGACGACCUUUUUGUGGCACGCCAGAGCUCGGUUGGUUGGUUGGUUCGUGCUGUUUGAUCCUGUUUGUUCCCGACGGCUGAACUGCUCGGCACUCUGAGCUGUUUGAAGCAAACAGCUGGACUGCUGCUGUUUGCUUGUCAAGAGGAGCCAGAUGUUAUAAGGAAGUGAGUGCAUGAGUGCUGAGAAUCUGUACAACAUACUACCUAGUGCUGCUCUUUAUGUGGACACUUGCUUUAAGAUGUGGUGUGUAUCUCUUUACCUGCCUGUGCUUAAACACUCUGUGCUCCUCAUGGCCGUAGCCUUCUGUUUUCUGUCCCAUUUGGUUGACUUCUGAUAAAAUGGCUUUGGAUGAGUCGCCUGUUUUAAACCCGAUGGUUGUCCAUCUCCUGUAUCACUGGUCGUCUCUUUAGCCCCGAUCCUUCGCCCCAUUUUUUUUUUCUCACCAAUGUGUUUUUGUUUUUUAUAUUUUGAUACAAACUUUGACUAUAUAUAUAUAUUGCCCAAGUUAUUCAGUUAGUCAAAGCUUUCUAAACUGAUUCUAGUAGGCGUCAUGAUAAACUUAGCAUUAGUCUUGUAAAUGUGAUGAGAAUUUGUUUCAUUAUUUUACCUGUGAACAUUACACAUUAUACACAUCUGUCCUAUGUUGCCUUUAUUUGCUGAUAUUUUUUAUUUCAAAUUGAGGAAAAAAAUGCUUGUUAAUAUAAUUUUACAAUAACUUA